UUGGUUAUCAUGGCGGAUCGGACGGCUCCCAGAUGCCGGCUCCGUCUGGAGUGGGUUUACGGGUACAGGGGCCACCAGUGCCGCAACAACCUGUACUACACGGCGGGCAAGGAGGUGGUCUACUUCGUGGCCGGAGUCGGCGUGGUUUACAACACCCGAGAGCACAGCCAGAAAUUCUUCCUCGGGCACAACGACGAUAUUAUCAGCCUUGCAGUUCACCCGGAUAAAACUUUAGUAGCUACAGGGCAGGUUGGAAAGGACCCUUACAUUUGCAUUUGGGAUUCCUACCGUGUACAGACUGUUUCUGUCCUUAAGGAUGCACAUACACAUGGAGUUGCCUGCUUAGCUUUUGAUUCUGAUGGCCAGCGUUUAGCUUCAGUGGGACUGGAUGCCAAAAAUACAGUGUGUAUUUGGGACUGGAAGAGAGGAAAGCUACUGGCAACAGCUACGGGCCAUUCAGACAGGAUAUUUGAUAUUUCCUGGGAUCAGUAUCAACCAAACAGAAUUGUCAGCUGUGGAGUAAAACACAUAAAGUUUUGGACUCUGUGUGGAAAUGCAUUGACAGCGAAAAGAGGAAUAUUUGGUAAAACAGGGGAUCUGCAAACUAUCCUUUGUUUAGCAUGUGCAAAAGAAGACAUCACGUACUCCGGUGCUUUAAAUGGAGACAUCUAUGUUUGGAAAGGGCUAAACUUAGUUCGCACAAUUCAAGGAGCACAUAGUGCUGGAAUUUUUAGUAUGUAUGCUUGUGAGGAGGGCUUUGCCACUGGAGGAAGAGAUGGUUGCAUUCGGUUAUGGGACACUGAUUUCAAACCAAUUACUAAAAUUGAUCUCAGAGAGACUGAGCAAGGAUACAAAGGUUUGUCCAUCCGAAGUGUCUGUUGGAAAGCAGACAGACUUCUAGCAGGGACACAGGACAGUGAAAUAUUUGAGGUGCUAGUAAGAGAAAGAGAUAAACCCAUGCUGAUUAUGCAGGGUCAUUGUGAAGGGGAGCUGUGGGCCCUGGCAGUCCAUCCAAAGAAGCCUUUAGCAGUCACAGGCAGUGACGAUCGAUCCGUACGACUAUGGAGUCUUGCUGACCAUGCCUUGAUAGCUCGUUGUAACAUGGAAGAAGCAGUGCGGAGUGUGUCUUUCAGUCCUGAUGGAUCACAGUUAGCACUUGGUAUGAAAGAUGGCUCCUUCAUUGUUCUUAGAGUAAGGGACAUGACAGAGGUGGUUCAUAUUAAAGACCGAAAAGAAGUAAUCCAUGAAAUGAAAUUCUCACCCGAUGGCUCUUACCUCGCUGUGGGCUCUAAUGAUGGCCCUGUGGAUAUCUAUGCAGUUGCUCAGCGAUACAAAAAAAUAGGAGAAUGCAACAAAUCUUGCAGUUUUAUUACUCAUAUUGACUGGUCUGUGGAUAGCAAAUUCCUGCAAACCAAUGAUGGCGCAGGAGAGAGACUGUUCUACAAGAUGCCAUCUGGUAAGCAUCUAACUAACAAAGAUGAGAUCAAAGGAAUUCAUUGGGCCUCGUGGACCUGUGUGAUAGGAUCUGAAGUAAAUGGUAUUUGGCCAAAGUACACAAACGUGACAGAUGUCAACUCUGUGGAUGGUAAUUACAACAGCUCAGUGCUGGUGACUGGGGAUGAUUUUGGGCUGGUUAAGUUAUUCAGAUUUCCAUGCCUAAGGAAAGGAGCUAAAUUUAGAAAAUAUGUUGGCCAUUCAGCACAUGUAACCAAUGUCCGAUGGUCCCAUGAUUUUCAGUGGGUUUUAAGCACAGGAGGUGCUGAUCACUCUGUUUUUCAGUGGCAAUUUAUUCCAGAAGGGAUAACAAAUGGCAUCCUUGAAACAGCUCCACAAGAGGGUGGCAUUGAUUCCUACAGUGAAGAAUCAGAUUCAGAUUUAUCUGAUGUGCCGGAGUUAGAUUCUGACAUUGAGCAAGAAGCUCAAAUCAACUAUGAUCGUCAGGUUUACAAAGAAGACCUACCUCAGCUGAAACAACAAAGUAAAGAGAAAAACCAUUCUGUUCCUUUCCUCAAAAGAGAACGAGCGCCUGAGGACAGUCUAAAAUUGCAGUUUAUACACGGUUAUAGGGGCUAUGACUGUCGAAAUAACUUGUUCUACACACAGACUGGAGAAGUGGUGUAUCACAUUGCUGCUGUAGCUGUUGUAUAUAAUAGGCAGCAGCACUCUCAAAGGCUGUAUCUCGGCCAUGAUGAUGAUAUCCUCAGCCUAAGCAUUCACCCAGUGAAAGACUAUGUUGCUACUGGGCAGGUUGGAAGAGAUGCUGCUAUUCAUGUUUGGGACACACAGACGUUGAAGUGUUUAUCAUUACUCAAAGGCCAGCAUCAAAGAGGAGUGUGUGCACUGGAUUUUUCAGCUGAUGGAAAAUGUUUGGCAUCUGUUGGGCUUGAUGAUAAUCAUGCCAUUGUGUUUUGGGACUGGAAAAAAGGAGAGAAGCUAGCAACAACCAGGGGUCAUAAAGAUAAAAUAUUUGUAGUAAAAUGUAAUCCACAUCAUGUAGACAAGCUAGUCACGGUUGGGAUGAAGCAUAUCAAAUUUUGGCAGCAAACAGGUGGAGGCUUUACGUCGAGACGAGGAACAUUUGGAAGCAGUGGAAAAUUGGAAACUAUGAUGAGCGUUUCAUACGGGCGAAUAGAAGACUUGGUUUUCUCUGGUGCUGCUACUGGAGACAUUUUCAUCUGGAAGGAUACUCUAUUGCUCAAGACAGUGAAAGCCCAUGAUGGACCUGUAUUUGCAAUGCAUGCAUUGGAUAAGGGUUUUGUAACUGGUGGAAAAGAUGGAAUUGUGGCACUUUGGGAUGAUAUGUUUGAAAGGUGUCUGAAGACAUAUGCUAUUAAAAGAGCAGCACUAUCUUCUAGUUCCAAAGGUUUACUUUUAGAAGACAAUCCCUCUAUUCGUGCCAUCAGUCUAGGACAUGGCCAUAUACUCGUGGGAACUAAAAAUGGAGAAAUACUUGAAAUUGAUAAAAGUGGUCCUAUGACUCUGCUUGUUCAGGGACAUAUGGAAGGAGAAGUAUGGGGCUUGGCAGCUCAUCCUCUCCUGCCUGUCUGUGCAACGGUGAGUGAUGAUAAAACACUUCGAAUCUGGGAACUGUCAUCCCAGCACCGCAUGCUGGCAGUGAGGAAACUCAAAAAAGGUGGACGUUGCUGUGCCUUUUCUCCUGAUGGAAAAGCCUUGGCUGUAGGAUUGAAUGAUGGGAGUUUUCUGGUGGUAAAUGCUGACACUGUGGAAGAUAUGGUAUCUUUUCACCACAGAAAGGAAAUGAUCUCAGAUAUAAAAUUUUCACGAGAAACAGGAAAGUACCUUGCUGUGGCUUCCCAUGAUAAUUUUGUAGAUAUUUACAAUGUACUUACCAGCAAAAGAGUGGGCAUUUGUAAAGGUGCAUCUAGCUAUAUCACACACAUUGACUGGGACUCAAGAGGAAAGUUACUGCAAGUCAAUUCUGGUGCUAAGGAACAACUGUUUUUUGAAGCACCAAGGGGGAAAAGGCAUGUCAUAAGAAUUGCUGAGUUGGAGAAGAUUGAGUGGGAUACCUGGACGUGUGUUCUUGGUCCUACUUGUGAAGGAAUUUGGCCCAUGCACAGUGAUGUCACUGUUGUAAAUGCUGCUACUCUUACAAAAGAUGGAACAUUACUAGCUACAGGAGAUGACUUUGGUUUUGUGAAGCUUUUUUCAUAUCCAGUGAAGGGCCAACAUGCAAAAUUCAAAAAGUAUGUGGGUCACAGCGCACAGGUAACCAAUGUCCGGUGGUUACACAAUGAUUCCGUGCUGCUGACUGUAGGUGGUGCUGAUACAGCUCUGAUGAUCUGGACCAGAGAAUUUUUGGGCAUUCAGGAGAGUAAGCUGGUUGAUAGUGAAGAAUCAGACACAGACGCAGAAGAAGAUGGAGGUUAUGAUAGUGAUGUUGCAAGAGAAAAAGCAAUUGAUUAUACCACUAAGAUCUAUGCGGUAAGCAUCCGAGAAAUGGAGGGGACAAAGCCACAUCAACAGCUGAAGGAAGUUUCAGUAGAAGAGAGGCCACCAGUUAGCAGAGCUGCUCCUCAGCCUGAAAAACUGCAGAAGAACAACGUCAACAAAAAAAGGAAACUGGUUGAGGAGCUGGCUUUAGACCACGUUUUUGGAUACAGAGGAUUUGACUGUCGCAACAACCUUCAUUACCUAAAUGAUGGUGCUGAUAUUAUUUUCCACACAGCUGCAGCAGGCAUAGUGCAAAAUCUUUCUACUGGAAGUCAGAGCUUCUACCUGGAGCAUACUGAUGACAUUCUCUGCUUAACUGUGAAUCAGCACCCAAAGUACAAAAACAUUGUGGCUACCAGCCAGAUCGGUACGACUCCCACAAUUCACGUAUGGGAUGCUAUGAGUAAGCAAACAAUUUCAAUGCUACGUUGCUUCCACACCAAAGGAGUCAACUACGUUAACUUCAGUGCAACGGGCAAACUUCUGGUUUCAGUAGGAGUCGAUCCAGAGCACACCAUCACCGUGUGGAGGUGGCAGGAAGGGGCUAAAGUUGCUAGCAGGGGAGGACACCUGGAGAGGAUAUUUGUUGUAGAGUUCCGCCCAGACUCGGACACUCAGUUUGUGUCUGUGGGGGUAAAACACAUGAAGUUCUGGACAUUGGCUGGCAGUGCUUUGCUGUGUAAGAAAGGAGUCAUUGGUUCCAUGGAAGAUGCCAAAAUGCAAACCAUGCUUUCUGUUGCCUUCGGAGCAAAUAACCUUACGUUUACUGGUGCCAUAAAUGGAGACGUCUAUGUCUGGAAGGACCAUUUUCUGGUCAGACUUGUGGCAAAAGCUCACACAGGACCGGUGUUUACAAUGUACACCACCCUUCGAGAUGGACUUAUUGUUACAGGAGGCAAGGAGAGACCCACUAAGGAAGGAGGGGCCGUAAAGCUGUGGGACCAGGAGAUGAAACGGUGCAGAGCCUUUCAGCUCGAGACAGGACAGCUCAUCGAGUGCGUGCGCUCCGUCUGCAGAGGGAAGGGGAAAAUUUUAGUGGGAACAAAAGACGGAGAAAUCCUUGAAGUAGGAGAAAAAAAUGCUGCUUCAAACUUAUUAAUUGACUGUCACAUGGAAGGGGAGAUCUGGGGCUUAGCGACGCACCCCUCAAAAGACUUAUUUAUCUCUGCCAGCAAUGAUGGGACGGCAAGAAUCUGGGACCUAUGUGACAAAAAACUCCUGAACAAAGUCAACCUGGGUCACCCAGCAAGAUGUGCUGCCUACAGUCCUGAUGGAGAGAUGGUCGCCAUCGGCAUGAAGAACGGAGAGUUUGUGAUCUUACUGGUUAACAGCCUUAAGGUGUGGGGCAAGAAGCGAGACAGGAAGUCUGCAAUUCAGGAUAUUAGGAUCAGCCCAGAUAACAGGUUUUUGGCUGUGGGUUCCCAAGAGCAUACUGUAGAUUUCUAUGAUCUCACUCAAGGUACAACCCUAAACCGAAUAGGCUACUGCAAAGAUAUUGCAAGUUUUGUCAUCCAGAUGGAUUUUUCUGCUGACAGCAGGUACAUUCAGGUAUCAACCGGUGCCUAUAAGCGUCAAGUCCAUGAGGUGCCACUAGGAAAGCAAAUAACAGAUACUGCCACGAUAGAAAAGAUCACAUGGGCCACGUGGACAAGCAUUCUUGGAGAUGAAGUCAUUGGAAUUUGGCCACGAAAUGCAGAUAAGGCAGAUGUCAAUUGUGCAUGUGUGACCCAUGCUGGCCUGAAUAUAGUCACAGGGGAUGACUUUGGUCUGGUGAAGCUGUUUGAUUUCCCAUGCACAGAAAAAUUUGCCAAACACAAGCGGUAUUUUGGGCAUUCUGCGCACGUUACCAACAUACGCUUUUCUCAUGAUGACAAGUAUGUGAUCAGCACAGGAGGAGAUGACUGCAGUGUGUUCGUGUGGCGAUGUCUCUGACAGCUCCUGCUGUGUUGCUGCCACCCCAAGCGCUGGCUCAGGACCGGACAGCCACGGAUGCCUCUCCCCCUUCAGCUGCUGUGACUGCUGCCUGAUGCUGCUGGAGGAUUUCAUCUUUCCAGAUUUCUUGUGACUGUAGUGAGCAUGAAUGUGCUCUUGUGUCUCAAAUACCAACAUCCCAGAGCAGGGAGCUGAGGUUUGGAAGGGAAGUUUUGUAAGCGGGGUGGGCCAAAGUGAACAGGUAACUGCCUAAUACUGUAUUAUUCAAACCGUGUGGGAGAAGGGAGGAUGCAGAGAAAAAUGCUGGGCCCUUUAAUUGGUGUAAUUUCAAAAUUCAUGGCUCGAACAUUCACAAAUGUUUUCACCACACCUGCUUCAAACUCAAUCUCAGUGCACUCAGUAGAAGCACAGGCUGCUAAUGAGGACACUGGGCUCACACUGCAGCUGUCUGUAAUCAAAGAAGUGAAGUAUAGCUCUUAAAAUCCUUUUUUUUUUUUUUUAAAUAUGUUUCCUUGGCAAAUUUUUCUAUCCAUUAAGUGCCUUUGAACAAUAUUUCUCGUAGUAUGGCCUCCGAUCUUGCCUCCCUCCAGUCUGCUUUCAACAUAUGGUGCUAAACUUCCACACAGAGGAGGGCUAACCACUCACACCCCUUCCAGAGGUGUACUUACGUUAUCCCUGAGUACUGCUUUGGUUUUUCAUACCUUUAAAAAACAAAUUCCAGAAUGUUUCUGUGAGCAGGAACCUACACAAGCUGUAAGGCCAAACAUUUCCUGCCAUGCUGUUCACAAUUAGUUCAUGCUGGGAGGUUGGCUGCAGCUAGAACUUGAAGCUUAACCUAAAGCAGAGCCAGAAGGGGGCAAAAAGGAAGGUUUUAAACACAAGUAAUGAGGAAGUUAUUCCUUGAGUGUUCCUGUAGUCUCUCUGGUUGCAGGAAAAUGUACUUCAUGUUUAAUUAAAUGCUGGCCCAGGCAGUGACCAUCAAAUCUGUGAAAGUAUUCUGAAAGCCACCAGGAAUCAGUGCUCCCCACUCUGCCAAAGGGAUCUCCUGACCCUGGGAACACUGCUGGCCUGGGCCCUUCAGCAGGCAGCCAGCCCCAUGCUGCCUGGUCUCAGAAAACACAUCAUUCAGGUACCCAAGAAGUGUUCCUGCCCUUGAGAAAAGCAUCGUCUGCGCUCAGUUUGAAUUCCUCUUCCUGUCAUUGCUUUUCAUGCACCCUCUGCAGCAGCCUGAGCUGUGACCACAGGCAGGAGGGCAGCAGCUGCUGCAAGGAAAUGAGAGGUGCUUCCACGUGGAAGCGGAGACCAGGAGCAGAUGCUCACAAAGGACAAGCAGAACUGUUCAACAACUGUUAAUGAACAUUUCUGCAAGACCAGAAACCAAGGGACAAUGAAAUUGGAGAAAGAAAAGUAAGUAAUUAAGUUCAACAACUUUUUCAAGUGAAACUUUGAAAAGGAACAGAAAAUCUGGGCACUGUGAAAUGAUAAUGGAGAUAAUGGACAUUCAAGGAGGUUAUUCAAGAAGGAUGUGGAUGCCCCAGCCCUGGAGGCAUUGAAAGCCAGGCUGGAUGUGGCUUGGGGCAGCUUGGUCUGCUGGUUGGCAGCCCUGCACGUAGCUGGGGGUUAAAACUAGAUGAGUAUUGUGGUCCUUUUCAACCCAGGCAAUUUUGUGACAUGGGAAUGACUUUGUUCUUUCAGGAUUGUUUUUUAAUCUAAAGAAUUCAAGGCCAAAAGAGAACGUUCUGACUUUAAGUGAUGUUAAAUAGUGCUUUAGUCCCAGUUCAGCUCAACGAAAUGCUGAGCUGUGGAACUGUCCUGCUGUGCCACUUCACACUCCCACACCAAGCUCUGAUAGCAGCAGUUGGACCCAGAAUAUUGUAGUGCUGACCACUGAAAUAAACCCCUGUCCCAUUCAAGGAGCAGAUCUAUGUAUAUUUAACACACAAAAGUGCUUCAGCAACCUCAAAGAAUCAGCUUUUUUUAAAACUGAAUUUAUUAAUGCCUUAUAUUACUAUACAGAAGAUCAGUUUGUCAGAUACACAGUAAGAGUCCCUAUGCAGUUUUUGUUUUGUUUUUUAAGGAAUCCUUUUGGAUCACAUGGUGUAAUCCCGUUGGGUGGUGAUGUCAGUGAGCACCUUCUUGGCCUAUGUUGUCAUGUUUGCCUUUCGCACUGAUUGUAUCCUGACCAAAAGCAGCUGUGCAGCAGCAGGAGCUAUCGACAGCAAUGCUACCACUACCUUACAGCAAUAGCAGCUGUCAGGAAAGCACUUGCAAAUUUCUAUGUUUAUAUCGUUUGGCUUUAUCUGUAAAUGUUCAGAAGUGAGGAUGUAUUAUACUGUAAAUUAAUACAUUAGUGCAUGAAUUUAUUUUUCAAUGGUCAAAAUGCCAUUCAUGUAACAUCUGUGUCUCUAAUAAAUUUGGAUACCAGUU